AUGUCGAUCUCUUUUCUCAAUAUCUCAGGCUGGGGCAUUAAAGCCACCAGCACCCACCACCACGGCCAAUCGACCGUCGAAUUUCCUACUAAAGCCAAAGACUCGAUCUCGUUGCAAAGCUUAGUAUCCCAAUCAAUACCUGACAAAUCCCAUUUCUACACCUCUUUAACCGCAUUCUCCGGGACCUUACAAACCAUGGCAUUAUCUAACAAAGCUUUCGACACUGGAGACAAAAGAAACGUCCAUUACGGCAGACGAGUGUUUGAAUUCACCGAUGGGGGCAUCGCCUCGGUAGAUUACGUGUUGCCAACUCCUGUCACCAAAGAACAAAAGGAUAAAUUCGCUACCUUGACCGUGGAAAAUUUAAAAGAAAACUGGCCUAGACAAAACAAAGGGACAAGAUUCUUAUCCACUGCGGAAAUCGCCGAAAAAACCAAAGGUGACAUUAAUGACGAUUCUAACGUGCUUAUUAUUAUCCAUGGAUUAGGCGGGGGGUCUCAUGAACCGUUAAUUAGAGAUCUCAUCACUAACGUCACCAAAGUGUCUGAAGAAAAACUUUUCCAAGAAAUCAUGGUGCUAAAUUGUCGUGGAUGCUCGCGUAGUAAAAUCGCUACCCCAGAAUUGUUUUGCGGGUUCUCUACUAACGAUUUACGCGAGGUGAUCCAAGAACUCAACGAGUUAUACCCUAAUAGAAAAAUCUUCCUUGCUGGGUACUCCUUUGGUUGUGUGACCAUCUUGAAUUACUUAGCAGAAGAAUCCAAGCGUGGACUCGAUCAUCAGAUCCAAUUGGUGUUCACCAUUGGUGGACCAUGGGAUAUGAUUGAUUCCAACUAUCGUAUCCAAAAUACGUAUUCUGGGAAAUACCUCUUUGAACCAGCGAUCUUAGGGUUCCUUAAAAGAUUGGUCAAGAAUAACCGGGCAGAAUUGGAACCUUAUACCCUUGAGCACCCGGAAUUGGGAGUCAAAUACGAUGAACCAACUUUGAAAUCCCUAAAGCACAUAUCCGACUUCGACGACGCGUUCACCGCCAAAGUGUUUGGGUUCAAUAGUAGUUACGAGUAUUAUAGAAAAGCGUCACCAGUGAACUUUAUUAACGAAAUCACCUUCCCAGUGGUGGCCAUCAAUUCCAUCGAUGAUCCUUGCGUAGGGGUCAACUUACCAGUGAGAGAAAUCAAGACUAACCCAUAUUUGCUCCAAGUGGAAACCGAUUUGGGCGGACAUUUGGCGUUCAUUGAUUCAAAGGGGGAAUCUUGGGUCAAUAAGAAACUUGCAAGUAUCUUUAAAACCUUCAUUAAUACUGUUGAUACUAAUAAACCAGUGGAUAAUAUUGGAUAUCAAUCAAAGAAGAACCAGUUUGGGGUUUGA